AUGGCUAAUGAUGAUUGGAUGGUAGAUGUAGCAUGUGGAACGCAUAACCAUGCUCCUGCUAAAUAUUUUGAAGGACAUUCAUUUACAGGGAGAUUAUCUAAGGAGGAAAUAUCAUUAUUAGUGGAUAUGUCCAAAAGCAUAGUCAGACAUGGUUUUGUGAUUGUUAUCAAGACAUCGGAUUAUGGUGGUGGUCAUAGGACAUCGAGGAUAUUUCUUGCCUAUUUGCUCCGUUCAUUACCAAAGGUGUUGAUCAUGGACUGCCCAUAUAAGACAAAUCGAUAUCGUCUUCCUCUUCUUGAGAUAGUUGGUGUGACGUCCACUGAUAUGUCAUUCUCCGUAGCCUUUGCAUAUCUCCAAUUUGAGCGGAUUGAUAACUACGUUUGGGUGUUAACUACAUUGCGUAGUCCCUUUGAUGACAUUGUUAUUCCUGAGGUGAUUGUCACAGACAGGAAGCUUGCUUUGAUGAAUGCUAUUGACAGUGCAUUUUCUACAUCUUGA